GCGCUGGGCGGGGAACGCUCGGGCGCGGCGCGGGGCUUGUCGGGAAGGGGCGGUCCUUCCGGUCCCUGCGCGGCGGCGGCGGCAGCACGCGGCGCGGCCAUGGCGGACGGGGACGGUUCCUUUGUGAAGAAGCGGCGGAAGAAGGAUAAGCGGGAGCUGCCCGAUGAGGACGUAGCGGACAUCCAGCACACGGAGAAGUUUCUCAUCAAGCCCGAGUCCCGGGUGGCCCAGUUGAACACGUCGCAGUGGCCCUUGCUGCUGAAGAACUUUGACAAGUUAAAUGUGAUGACAGCACACUACACACCUCUUCCUUCUGGUGCUAAUCCCCUGAAGAGAGAGAUUUCUGACUAUGUUAGGUCUGGCUUUAUUAACCUUGACAAGCCUUCCAAUCCAUCUUCCCACGAGGUGGUCGCGUGGAUCCGACGCAUCCUCCGGGUAGAGAAGACGGGACACAGUGGCACUCUGGAUCCAAAGGUGACCGGGUGCCUCAUUGUGUGCAUUGAGAGGGCGACACGACUGGUCAAAUCUCAGCAGAGUGCAGGCAAAGAGUAUGUGGGAAUUGUUCGGCUGCACAAUGCAAUUGAAAGUGAGGCUCAGCUUGCCAGGGCAAUAGAAACUCUGACAGGCGCACUGUUUCAGCGACCACCCCUCAUUGCUGCUGUCAAACGACAACUGAGAGUCAGAACCAUCUAUGAGAGCAAGCUGGUGGAGUAUGAUCCUGAAAGGAGAUUAGGUAUCUUCUGGGUGAGCUGUGAAGCAGGCACAUACAUCCGAACACUCUGUGUUCACCUUGGUUUGCUGCUUGGUGUGGGGGGUCAGAUGCAGGAGCUCCGCAGAGUGCGCUCAGGCAUCCUGGGAGAGAAGGACAACAUGGUGACUAUGCAUGAUGUACUGGAUGCACAGUGGCAGUACGACAACAACAAGGAUGACAGCUACCUGCGAAGAGUUAUCCUGCCGUUGGAGAAACUGCUGACUUCCCACAAGCGAAUAGUCAUGAAAGACAGCGCGGUUAAUGCCAUUUGCUAUGGAGCCAAGAUCUUGCUGCCUGGUGUCCUGAGGUAUGAAGAUGGUAUUGAGCUUAAUCAGGAGAUUGUUGUCAUCACCACAAAAGGAGAAGCUAUUUGCUUAGCUAUUGCCUUGAUGACCACAGCAGUCAUUUCUACCUGUGACCAUGGCAUUGUGGCAAAGAUCAAGAGAGUGAUCAUGGAGAGAGACACAUAUCCCCGCAAAUGGGGUCUCGGUCCCAAGGCCAGUCAAAAGAAGAUGAUGAUCCAGAAGGGUCUGUUGGACAAGCAUGGAAAGCCCAAUGAGAAGACACCAGAUUCCUGGAAGGAGGAUUAUGUGGAUUACAGGGAUGCUUCCAAGAAAGAGGCAGCUGCCGUUCCCCGAGCUGUUUCAGAGACGGAGCGGGCUCCAAAAAGGAAGCGAGAGUCGGAGAGUGAAAGUGAGGAGGCUGUGACCCCACCAUCCCCUGCCACUCCACCACCAGAGGAGCUGAGCAAAAAGGAAAAGAAAAAGAAGAAGAAAGAAAAGAAGGCCAGAGAGGCAGCAGAGAGUGGAGGAGAGCAAAUAGAAGUGACCAGUGAGACCAGCACCAAGAAGAAGAAAAAGAAGAAACAAAAGGAGGUAGAAGAGAGCUCGGAGUAAGCGACUGGAUCUGUCCACAGCAGGCGACCUCAUCAGUAGGGAAGGAGGAGUCUGAGGCCUUGAGAGAAAGAGGACUGGCUGCAUGGCAGAGGAGCGAGCAAGUUCCAAGUUCCUUUUCUGCUGUGUGUAUGAGUGAGCAGGUGUGUUUGCCCAGGACACACCUUGCUCAGGUACCCCUCCUCAUCCUGUUUUAAGGGUUGCCAAAGGAGCGGAGUGUCUGACUGCCCCUGCAUCGGAUUCUUCUCAAAAGCACCAUAAUGCCAGUAGAAGUGGUGUAUCUUCAGGGAAGCUGUAGCUCCUGGCUCUUACUUGGUGUUUCUGUUUUAACCUUGAGAGGGAGGAAUAACAUUUCUCCCCGCUCCUGUCCUGCCUCUUUCUUCCUUUUCUUCCAAGGUUGGAGCUGUUAUCUGACAGUUGCAGAAUGUGGUGGUGGUUGGAGGACUGGCUUUGUCACAGCCCAUCUGAAUGGAUUCAAGUGGGGACAGUCAAAUUGGAUAUUUGAAGGCCGCUGGUUUGUUUUAACCUGGCCAUAUGUUUGGCUUGACCCUCAGAUAGACAAGAUCAAGUAGUCCACCCAGAUAUUCUUCAGUACUUUUUUAAAACUUAACAUAAAUGGAUUAGAAUGUUAAAUUGCUGCUUUUUGCUUUUUAGUGUGUGGACCUGCUUGUUAGUUGUGAGCUGAUCCCCAGCCCCAGUGACCUUGUCAGUGCGUACCUCUUGCUGGCUCUUUGCUAUUUUCUACCCAGUUGUUGGAAUGGAACUGCAGCACUUUGACUUGCCUUCCCUGGUUUUGAUAUCUCGUGUGCUCUGAAGGCUAGAAGCAGGGUUGCUGCUGGGUGGCAAAAGCGAAUUGACCAGAAGGCGGCUGCCCUGUUUGCUUUUCUGAAGGGCUGUAGGGACUGGAGUCCUCAGGAGGAAAAGCUGGGCCAGAGGCAGCUCUGCAAGGGUCAGUGGGUGUGGGGAGAAAGACUUGACCUAAUUUCCUUAUCUGGGGUGGCCCACUGCAGGCAGGAGAUCUCUCCUCUGUCACAGGGGUAGUGCUGAGCCAGGACUUAAGCUCUUUUCAUUGGGGAAGACUCCAGGCUGCUUUGUUCGGAGCUUCAUCCCUGCAUAGAUUCUCUAACAUUUGUCUUAGCCUCAUGCAUUGCUCAUUGUAAACGUCUGACUUUUCUACCUUCCAAUGCGAGAGAUACAUGCAGGCAGUGGGGCCAACUGCUGGUGGCUGUCAGAACCUGAGCAGAAAAAGAGUCCAUUUUUAUUUACUCUUUUUUACAUAAAAAUAAAAGCCCUAUUUUUGAA